CCUUGCCCGGUCCACCUCUUUGGCUCUGGCAACAACUGUGGACGGAGCGAGGGCCAGGCACCACCGACCUUAUUCAUCGGAGGUCUGACCGUCUCCUGGUUGCCUGACGGAGUCGGGGAGGGGCACAACGCUCGAAGGACCAACUUAAUCAGGUGGGGCGAGGGAGGUUUCAACGGACUGGUAUGUCCAGGAACGACUUCCACUCCCUCUAGAUACACCAGUCCACAAGUUCCAGAUCGGAGACAAGGUGCUGGUCCGGACGUGGAAACUUCAGCCCAGGUGGAAGGGACCGUAUCCUGUGAUUCUCACCACUCACGCUGCAGUGAAGGUUCAGGGGGUAAAACCGUGGAUACACUACACUCGGGUGAAGGCCGCACCAGAAGUACCACCUGCAGGAGAAGUUGCUGAGAGUGUCACACCGGAAGCCGACACAAACGGACACCGUUGGACAGCAGAGCCAGUAGAAGGACUUAAAUUUCUGUUUAAAUGUCAACCAUGUAGAAAGUAGUUCUUUGCAUAGGUGUAAUGUUUCUAGAGUCUAAGGGGUUGGUGCAUCAAAGGUUCGAUAAGAGUCAAAAUUUGUGGGUUUAUUUGGCAAAGAACGUAUUAAAUGUCACUCAUUUUUGUUUGGCAGGUGGAAUAUCAGUUGAUGAUAUUUUCACGGCAUGCCUUAUAGGGGUGCCCACUCCAAUGGAAGCACUCCAGAAUCAGACUUGGUUCACACCUAGGGGAAUAGGAGGUCCAAUCAAUUACACUAACAACUCCAUGUGGGGAACCAUUACCACAGAAAGAAACACUAGUACCUUUGAAAUAGAUUUGUUGACAGUCACCUCCCCUGAUAACACCAGCUGUGCCAAUUUUGUGAACUGUACCCAAGCUUGCAAAAGCCUAACCAAAGAAACGAAAAUUUUCAAUUGCUCAGACAUGACUAAUGUAUCUUGCAACUACGUUCAUGUUAUAUUACCCCGGGGGUGGUUCCUCCUUUGUGGGAAGACUGCCUAUUCAUAUAUCCCAGCCAAUACCACAGGAGGCCGUUGUGCUCUAGGCCGGUUGACUGUCUGGCUACCAGGUAUGCCUAAGAUCUCUAGUAAGCGUCACCAGAGAGGUUCGAAGGUGCUAGAUAAAUCCUGUGAUAGUGACAUAAACCUCCUGAGUGAGGCCGAGGUAGUGUCCUUAGCAGUUUUCCUAGUAGGGGUGCCAGGCCUAGUAGUGGAUGCUGAGAGGCAGCUUGGUAAGCUGGCCUGUGCCCUGGCAAAGGGCCUAAAUACAACUUCACAGGCCCUAGCUGCCCUCAAUAUUGAAAUGAAAGAACUAAGAGGAGCUACUCUGCAAAACAGAGCAGCCAUAGAUUACCUGUUGCUGAGGCAUAACCACGGAUGUGAAGAGUUCGAGGGAAUGUGUUGUUUUAAUUUGACAGAUAACUCCUAGUUGAUAGAGUCAAAAAUGCAGAAGUUAAAAAAAGUUCUGUCCCACAUUAAGCAAGGGGAAGGGUUCGACUUCUCAUGGCUUACUUCUUGGCUUCCUAAUUUUUCAUGGCUUAAGCUAAUUUUCCUAUUAAUUGUGGCAUGUGUAUUUUCUUGAUGAUCUGCUGUGGGAUACAGUGUGCGCCAAUGUGUUGUGAGAUACUCAAGAAAUCAAUUUCUUCCCCCGUUCACCGCGUGAAUUUGCACUAGGGUGCAAAAACUAUCCAGCACGCCUACUGGCUGGGAAGUGACCCUCAUAGCAGCACAGAAGUAGAAAGGGAUCUUGGAAUCAUAGUGGACUCCAAGAUGAACACGAGUCAUCAGCAUGAUGAAAUCAUCAGCAAAGCUAACCGCACCUUAUCACGCAUCAACAGAUGCAUAACAAAUAGGUCCAAGGAAGUAAUACUUCCCCUCUAUGUGGCAUUGGUCAGACUGCAGUUGGAGUACUGCAUCCAGUUUUGGGUGCCAUAUUUCAAGAAAGAUGUUGAUAGACUCAAGACAGUCCUGAGGAGGGUCACUCAUAUGGUUAGGGGCUUACAGGACAAGCCCUAUGAGGAGAGACUGAGGGACCUGGACCUCUUCAGCCUCUGCAAGAGAAGGCUGAGAGGUGAUCUUGUGGCCACCUACAAAUUAAUUAGGGGGACAAAGCAAGGGAUCGGAGAUGCUCUGUUCACCAGGGUGCCUCUUGGAGUAACAAGGAUCAAUGGUCACAAACUGACAGAGCAGAUUUAGGCUAGAUAUCAGGAAAAACUUCUUCACAGUAAAGGUGGCCAAAAUUUGGAAUGGGCUCCCAAAGGAGCCCCUCUCUCUCUUACCUUGGGGGUCUUUAAGAAAAGACUGGGUAAGCAUCUGGCUGGAGUCAUCUGACCCCAGC